AACAGCAACCACAAAAGAGGAUGUGCCUGACAUCGCACCACAAGGCAUGGAAGUGACAGAGCAAAACAAAACGACCUUUAUUAUUGCUUGGCAGCCGUUACCUAGGAACAAAGCUAAUGGCAAAAUCACAAUGUACAAGAUCGUCUGGGCCUUACGUCACAUUGGACGAGCUAAGAGAAUGGCAGUUGGUGACACUUUUACUGGGACAACAAAGAGAACCCAAUUUGUUUUGCAGGGUCUAAGACUCUGUGCACAGUAUGAAGUUCAUGUUGCGGCUGCAACAGUAGCUGGUUUAGGUCCAAAUGCUACUCAAGUUGUUACCACAUCAAGACCAGGAGAACCGUAUAACUUGAAGUCACGUAGAAUAGGAAAGUCUUUUAUAACAUUGGCAUGGGAAAAACCAAAAGGAAUGAUAGAAGAUGUAACAGACUAUAUGGUAUAUUUUAAGGGUUCAAAGCCAUACUGGCCUGAAUAUAGACCUCCACUUGACACUAAACUCCAAGAUGGCAGCCAAACAACACUUCAGAUAGACAACUUGCAGCCAGGGACAUACUAUGAAUUUUGGGUAACAGCGUUGACAGUUUGCGGUGAAAGCAACAGGAGUUUAACAGAAACAGUGGAAACAAAAGUGGACAACCCUCGUCUUUCACAGCAAGUAACUCCUUUGAUUCUUAGAGACAGUUCUAACGUUACAUUAUGGACAUUCAAACCACACAAUGGACCAAUUAGUUCGUACCACGUAAUUGUAGUCAGUGGUAGAAAUAAGAGCAUGACCGAAAUACCAGAAAACCUUAGUGACUACCAAAAUGCCACCAGCAAUAGCGAACUGUUCUACAUCACAGCCGAGCUAACACCAGACCAAAUAAAGACUGCAGGGAUGUUUGUCAUCGGUAACAAUAGAAUGUAUGGGAAAUACAAAAACGUGCCUUUGGAAAAAGGUCAGGCUUACACCGUAGCUGAGAGAGCAAUCACAAUAUAUGAAAAGAAAACCUACGUGAGUGAUCCAGUCCAUAUUGCAACAAUCGAACUUACUGCAGAAUCGAAAAAUCAUGCAGAACAGUCAAAGAGUACUCCUCCCAGUGGUGUGAUAAUAGGAGUCGUAGUAUCCCUACUUGUAAUUGUGGUUAUACUGAGUCUGUUAGGAUUCAAAUACAAACGGAGCCGCAUUGCAAGGAACGACUGCUCGGAUAUCUCUCUUGAUGAUAUCGUUAAUGAUCCUGAUGGUAGCACUUCAAAAUCAUCACGCAAAAACCCGAAAACUUACGUUGACGUUGGUGUUAGUGGCUAUGUUGAAAGUAAACCUAUGGCAAAACACGAAUUUCUUGAGUAUAUGAAGUCUUUGAAAGCCACAGACUACUCAGAACUGAGAGAGGAAUUCAAG